AUGAAUUCAUUGUUAAUUCAAUAUUCAUUAUUAAUCUAUCGUCUUCGUCGAGAGCAUUUACUUGCUACAGUUACAGAUAUUAAAUUAUUCUUUGAUAAUGUUGUUUCUUAUAUAAAAGACUUUACUUAUACAAGUGAAACAAAUGAUAGUUUAGAUAUUCUAACAUUAAUUAGUGAUAAUCUAGCAACUAUAAACACUCUUCGAUUAUUUAAUCAUCCAGUUUUGAUUAAUCACCCAAUAUUUAUUUAUAUUGGACGAACAUUAGAAAUGUUAUUAAUCAAAUCCAAUUAUAUAAAAUCAAUCCCAAUGAAAAAAUAUGAAGAAGAUUGCUUUUAUUCAAUAAGUUAUUUUGUAACACAAAUAUGUUUAUAUGAAAAUGAAAUUACACAAUCAUUUUAUGGUUCGAUUUCAGAUGAAAUUAUUCCUGUAACUGAUAAAAUAAAUAUACGUGAUGAAACAAUUAAUGAUGAUAGUAGAAGAUCCAAUAUUAUUACAGAUAAACCAAAUUUAAAAGUUAUUGGAUUACUUCCAAAUGCUCCUAAAUCACGUCCGAUUGAAGACGAACUAUGCACUAUAACAAAAGUAAUACAUCGAAAACAUUUUUCAAAUCAAUUUAUUGCACCAACAGUUAAAAAGAUAAUUGAAUCACCAGUACCAUCAAUUCCAUUAGAAGAUUUACCAUUAAAACAAUAUCGAGAUAUAUUUUUAACUGAAGCAUUUUUGAAUAAAUUUGUUCGUGCUAUUGAUGAUUUAAGUGAAAAUGAAUAUUCUCCAUAUCAUGUAAAAUAUAAAGUUAUCGAUAGACUUGUUCGAUUAUGUUCAAAAUUAAAUAUUGUUAAUCCAUUAUUUAAUUCUAUUGUUAAAUGUCUACGUUCAAAAUUUUAUCGACAAAUUUUUACAACUAUUCAAUCUGAACAGUUUCGUUUCAGUCCAAAACAAUUAUUUUUUAUUUAUCGUUGUUCACAAUUUAUAAUUCAACAUAAAUUUCAAGAACAAGAACAAAUUCCUCAUCUUUUGUGUGAAAAUAUGAUUAAUGUAACAAAACCAAUUAUUGAACAAAUUUUAACAACAAAUGACAAAGAAAAUAUCGACGAUAUCAAAACAGCACAAAUGACAGCAUUAAGUCAUCAUAUAAAAAUGUUAAAUCAUUUUGCAAUGAUACGAUCUAUAAGAAAAGAACUUUUAUCAUUACCAAUCAUUGAUCAAAUAUUAUCGAAAUUAGAAGAUCAAUCAUUAUUUGAUAAUAAUGGAUCUAUUGCAAAUGCAAAGCAUGAAGUUAUUGGACAAUCAUUAACAUUAUUAUAUAAUCUAGGAGUAGAAGAUGAAAUACGAUUAAAGUUAAAACAUCGAAAUAUUUUUUCUAUUUGCUCAAAAUUACGUCUCAUUAAAGAUAAAACGAUACAUUUUAUGUCACAUUUUUUAAUUAUAAUGUUAGAUUUAAAAACUUUUAAUGAUGUACAUGAACCACAUUUACUAUCAAAAACUUGUGUUGAAUAUAUUGAUAAAUGCGUCAAAGAACCUAGACUUUCAUAUGAAGGUAUUAAAUUACAUCGUUUAUUAAAACAUAUUGAAAUUUUUGUUAGAAAUGAUGCAUUUACAGAAAGUCUAGCAGAAGAAAAAGAAGGCAUUUUAGUUAUGACAAAAUGUGUUUGUGUAAUUAAUACAGAAGAGAAACAUUUAGAUAAUCAAAGAAAAGAAAUACUUAAACGAAUACAACAAUCAGCCGUAUGCAUUAUUUGGAAACUUUCAUUUUAUGGUCCAACAACAAGUAAAAAAUUAAAAUCAAACGAUUUAUUUAUUGAACAACUUCUUAUACUAUUGAAUGGAACAUCGCAAAAAUCAAAACAAAAUGCAGAUGCUAUUAUUUGGAGAUUAGGUAGUGAGGCAGCUAUACGUUAUGAACAAACAGAAAAAGAAAAACAUAAACAAAGAUUUAAAAAAGAUACAACUGAUGAGGAUCAAUUGAAUUUAACUGAUGAAUGGGAUGAAACAAUUCCAUAUGAUGUAUUAAUUAGUUAUAGUAAUAUUAUCAAUGAUGUAAUUCUAGCUAAUAAGAUUUAUAAUCGUUUAUCAUCAAAAGGUUAUCGAGUUUAUAGUGAAAAGCAAGGAAAACAUCGAUUAGAAUUAAUAGAAAAAGCAGUAUCAAAAAAGAAACCUAUUCUAGCUUGUUUAUCAUCAACUUAUCGUGCAUCGAAAAUUUGUAUGGCUGAAAUAGAGUAUGCCAAUACACAUUCAAGUCCAAUUAUUCCAGUUCUUGUCGAAGCAAAAUAUAAAAUGCAAGGAUGGUUAAAACAUGUUAUUGGUGGAAAAAAUCCUAUUGAUUUAACACAGAAAAAUUUCAAUGAGGAACUUUUGAAAGUAUUUGAUGAAAUUGAAAAGACAAAAAGUUUGGAUUAG